UAAUUUGAUCAAAUAACACCAAAGAGGGCACAGCAAGAGGAAGAGGAGGAGCAGUGGAUGGAGGAAGAGGAGGAGUCCUAUCUUACGGUGUCCAGAGGAGAGGAGCGGCCGCCAUGUUAACCAAGAAGCCCGGAGCCUCGGUCCUCCACACGGGCAAAGUGGGCGAGCCGAUCUACUCUCCCAGUCACAGUGGACCCCAGACAUCUCCCCCCGGCACCCUGCCUCCUCUACGCAGCAGCAACCUCAACCCUUUGACGGGGGGUACUAAAGCCAGCAUGUCAGACACUGUGCAGCUCUCUCCACCGUCACAUCAUCAGCUGUAUGAGGAGAAUUCCAACAAGCGCCCUGUUCUCACCUCACAACCCAAUGGUCUGGCUCCUGUUGGCUCCACACGGCCAGGCCUGCCUUCUUCUGAGAGGCAGACCCCCGGCUCAGACCCCCUCCACCACCGCUUGGGUAGUGCAACGUCCAAUAAAUCAGGGGACAGUAAGCUCAAACCCCUGUCUAUGACUCCAGACCAGGCUAUGAAGCAGUUUAUGUCUAAAAUGUCAUCAUUUGAACACCAUGAGAUUUUCAGCUACCCAGAAGUAUUUUUCAUUGGUCCGAACGCCAAAAAGAGAUCAGGAGUAAUGGGAGGAGCCAACAAUGGAGGAUAUGAUGAUGAUCAAGGGUCAUACAUUCAAGUUCCACAUGACCAAAUUGCGUACCGUUAUGAGGUUUUGAAAGUGAUUGGAAAAGGAAGCUUUGGACAGGUGGUUAAAGCCUUUGAUCACAAAACACAGACCCAUGUGGCCUUAAAAAUGGUCCGCAACGAAAAGCGUUUUCACCGGCAGGCGGCCGAGGAAAUACGCAUUUUGGAGCACUUGAGAAAGCAAGAUAAAGACUCCGCUAUGAAUGUGAUACAUAUGCUGGAGAAUUUUACCUUCAGAAAUCACAUUUGUAUGACAUUUGAGCUGCUCAGCAUGAACCUUUAUGAGCUUAUAAAGAAGAAUAAGUUCCAAGGAUUCAGCCUGCCACUGGUCAGAAAGUUUGCCCACUCCAUCCUUCAAUGUCUGGAUGCACUCCACAAGAACCGCAUCAUCCACUGUGACCUAAAGCCUGAGAACAUACUCCUCAAGCAGCAAGGACGAAGUGGCAUCAAGGUCAUAGAUUUUGGAUCCAGUUGUUAUGAACAUCAGAGAGUUUACACCUACAUUCAGUCUCGAUUCUACAGAGCACCAGAGGUUAUUCUAGGAUCUAGGUAUGGAAUGCCAAUUGACAUGUGGUCUCUGGGGUGUAUCCUGGCUGAGCUCCUGACGGGUUACCCGCUGUUGCCAGGUGAGGAUGAAGCUGAUCAGCUGGCCUGCAUUAUUGAACUCCUGGGUAUGCCCAGUCAAAAACUUCUUGAUGCCUCUAAAAGGGCCAAGAAUUUUGUUUCAUCCAAAGGCUACCCACGGUACUGCACUGUCACAACAUUGCCUGAUGGCACAGCUGUGCUUAAUGGUGGGCGCUCACGCCGGGGUAAAGUGCGUGGCCCACCUGCUAGCAAAGACUGGAGUGUAGCAUUAAAGGGCUGUGAUGAUCAACUGUUUCUGGACUUCCUGAAACAGUGUUUGGAGUGGGAUCCUGCUCUCAGGAUGACACCUAGCCAAGCACUUCGCCACCCAUGGCUUAGACGACGACUCCCCAAACCCCCCACAGGGGGUACUACCAUUGUGGACAAGACCUCAUCUUCUUCCAAAAGGACAACAACCACUGAUGGGGGAAUCACCUCCAUCUCCAAACCCACUACCACAACUGCAUCCUCCAAAACCAGGACUAAUCUAGCAGCCAUUACAGAUGCCAAUGGGAACAUCCAAACAAGGACUGUUUUGCCUAAGCUGGUCAGCUGAGAAUGAUUGCACCCCACUUGCUGUGGUGGGAUCUGCUUUUAUGAUUGGCUAUGAGCAACCAGAUUGAAGUAAAUAAAUCUGGUCUGGUCAUUUUAAAGAGCAUUUUAUUCUGGUUUGCACAGCAUUCAGGUGGGGUGCAUUCAUGGGGUUCAUUCUUAGAAACUUUUUUGAAAUAAUGUUUGUAGGAAUCAUAUGUAUUCCUGAAACCAUGGGGUCCACACAGGCUACCAAAAGUUUGAAUCAGGUGUGAUGAAGAUGAGCAGCAAAAGAUAUAACUGUGGAGCUGCUCUGACAAUCAGCUCACCUCUGCGUAGCUACAGGUCACCAAGACACUACUACAUGGUGCUUAUAGUUUAAGGAAUUUUUAGCUUUUAACAAGAUAUUAGAAUUUGAAAACAACUAAAGGAUUUUCUGCCUUUCAUCAGGUAACAAUAAACAGACCACAAUAUCAUUCAAUAAUGAAGGUAUUAACUGAAAAAUUAAGUUCAGUAUUGCCUACUGCACGUGCCUCUGAACAUUUGUGUAAAGGCAAAGCAGAUUUAACAAUGUAGCAUAAAGGAUGAGUUUAAGACAUACCUCGCUUGCUCUUAUGUUCCUUUUAAGGCUGUGCUUGGCAUUUUAUUACUCAAAUAUCAUCAUCUAAAGAUACCAGUACACUGGUAGCCACAACACCCCAUGGUAGCUUUGUGCCUGUCAGCUGACUUACUAGCUACCAUGCGGUACACAAUUCAUCUUUCUUAGCUGGUAAAAUUUUGUCUAUUCUAUUAAGCAAUGGCAGACUGUUAGCCUUAUGGCAACCUAAGCCUCAGUCUUUAACUUCAUGGUGUGACACUAAGUCUUAGAAAGAGAAGACACCAUGAAAAACUCACAAUGCUACAUAAAUCUAUAAUUAGGUUAUUUUUGUAAUUUUUUUUAAAGGUUUUCUGUAAUAUUGUUGUAGUAAAACCAAAUUCAGCAUAUUUAAAUGUAAAUGAAGGCAUUUGUUUCACAUGGAUGUAAAAGUAAUCCAAGCUUUUAUGUCCAAAUAUUUGAAAGUAGCAACACUCAUUACAAUACCAUAAGUGCAUAUGCAAGUAUGGAGCUGGAGCUGUUAAAAGAAGCCCAUGACUUUCAAAUGGUGAAACCUUGAACAAGCAAUUAUCAGAAGGUAUUUCCAUAUUUCUUUAUGGAAAUGUAGUACUAUAUCCACAGCCAUAAGCAUGAUUAACAUUAAGGUUUUUGGUUCAAAGAACACAUUAGGUUGUGUUGGCACUUUACUUUUUUAAAAUUCCUCUUCUGCACAAAAAAGAUUCUUGAUUUCCCAUGAUAUUGACAAACUGAAAUCACAGCUUCAUUUUGUGCAGCAAAAUCGAUAUUAAAGUCAAAACAAAAGAACCUGCUUCUAUCAGCUGGACCUAAAAAGACCUCAAGAUAAAAGCAGUGGAGCUGAGACAUAGUAAAUUAUUAUUCUGAACAUGUAAACCCUGAAUGAAACUUCAUGAGAAGUAGAAUGAAUGAAGCAGUUGUCAAAAAUAAUGAUCUGGGGAUGGGUCAAUUUUAUUUAUUUGCUACAUGAUAAUAUUUAUUAAUAAUCUAAUGUAGAUAUUUACUAUGAUGUGCAGUUCAUAGUAUAUACUUGAAUGCGUGUGGUCAUAUGCUGCCACAUCGAAAAUGAAGAGGAGAUAAGUGUCUUCGGCCAACUACAAUGUAAUGUAGCAGUCAGGAGAUGCAUCACCAACACUACCUGCUCCACCCAACUCAGGGAAAGCUCCGCCCUGUUCUGGAGGAGGACUUUUCUCUUUUUGCUUGUAUGUUUUUUAAGGAAGUGAUUGGUUUCUUUUUCAUUUUUUAUUAUUUUUUUUUUUUGUGAAUCGGAGUGCUGAGUUGUAAAUUUGUGCCUUCAGUAUCUUGUCGCCAUGGCACACUUGACCUUCUCUUACACACCAACAAUUCUAAAUAUCAGUUUAAAAAACCUUUCCAGUACGUAGGGCAAUAACUGCAGACUGAUGUCCAACAUCUGAUUGGCCCAAGACGCUCUGUGAGCACAUAAUGAUAAUAAUUGCCAAUAAUGCUCACUUUAUGCAAAACUGUUUGACUUGAGUGAUACUGAUAUUCUGGUCAUACUAUAAAAUCUUCAUCGUCUUUCCUCCUGAAUUAUAUGACAAUUGUUAACAUUUUCCCCUCACCACAAAGGCCACCCACAGUGUUUACAAAGCUAAAAGUGGAAAUUAAGUGAAAGGCCUUUCCAUGAAUAACAGUGGCAUCUUUUAAUGUUGUGUGCUGAGAAAGGUUGUGUCACAUGGCUACACAAUGUAUAGACAACAUAUCAGCCAAGUCGCCACUAGUCCCUUUGAGAUGGGAGGUGGAUUUACAUGACGACAGGGCUUAGCUAACACUAGCCAAUUGACCACUGGCGUUAAGGCGCUAGCUGCUGCACUGAUGUCUGUCCUGUCCACACUAAACCUGGCGGUAGCUGCUGAUUGACUCUACAGAAGUGCUCUACUAGUUGUUAGCAUUAAUGUAAACGUUAAUUUUCAUGUCUGUACCUCAGAUUACAGUUAGCUUUUUUUUUACAGCGAUUUUGUUGUGACCUAACAGCAAGGGCAUUUGGUUGACACUACCAAAGUGCAUUCCUAUAGUAUACACUGCUAGCUCACAGCUAGCUGCUCAAACCAGAAGUAGGCUUAACUAGAUUUUUCACACCAGGAAACGUAACCUGUUUUUGAAAAGUGCAAAUCAUUAAUGUGUCAAUUCUUUACAAUGAAUCCAUAUGAUGUCAUACUGAAACAAAUAGCUUUGGUAUUUUAAAAGCUGCAGUAAGAUGGCCUGCUCUCCCACUGCUAGACAGAUGGGUUUGCACAUCUCAUUUGUUAUAGCCCUAUUAGUAUCACCAAGGAUUUUUGUUAAUUUUUUUUUUUUUUUAACAAAACAUAGCUGCUGCGCUGUAUUUUUGUGACAUUUGCCAGUUGUUUUUAUUGUGUAUUUUAGUUGUACAUAAUGUUGAAAAGUCAAAUGUAUAAUUUUGGGGGGAUAAUGCGCCAGUUUUUACUUUGUACUGUAUCUACUGUACAGAACACAAGUUGACACUUUUAUAGUGAGCCUUUGUUAAAUUUUAUUGUGGUGAAAAAUCGUAUUAAUAAAACUGUUUUAUUGUUCAA